AGGUGGUGACUGUGAAGUUCAUUUAGCAAGGGCAUUCAUAUCUGAACAAGAACCAUGAUGUUCACCUGAACACAGAGGCUCUGCUUGUGAGACGUUCAGAUCAAGAUUUUUAUGUCGAAGCUGCUUCCUGCCACCGACACUGAAGUGGAAAUCUCAAGUGCAAGCUUUUUAUACAUCCUAAAGAGUCUUGACUUGUUCCUCUACAAACCAGACAAAGAUGACCUUCUUAUGACCUUCCCAUAAAAACAAGCAGAGUGGAGUGGAUGAGUCUGGUGGGCAGAGGAGUUGGGAGGUGACCUACAAGCCCACACACAGCCCCUCCUGGGAGGAGAGACUCUACAUUGAGCUCCAGGAGCUGCAGGCCUACAGGGAGGGAGCUAUACAGGAAGCUGAUGUCAGAAACAGGGCAGAAGGGGAUGGAGGUGGAGAAGCUCCCCCUAAGGGGCGGUGGUACUCCCUACAGGCAGGACCUCAGGUUCAGAUGCAGCAUAAUGUAUGCAGUACUACUCCAGCAGAGCUGCAGUGUACAGUAAUUCCUGAGCCUCCUGCCGCCGGGCACUGUUGUGGUUUGAGAGUAUUGCAGACAGAGCUUCUGAAGGAUGGAUACGACCUCCCAUCCCACGAUGCCCUGGCACAGAUCCUACCAAAUGGGCGCUACCUUUUCAAGGGAGUGAAGACUGAGCUCCACAGAGCAGCCCAACAAGAACAGAAGAGGCCAGCUAAGAGGCCAGAGGCUCCACAGGCCAACAGACCCAACAUAAACCACACCUAUCAAGUACAUCAUCCACAUAAACGAACACCUCUGCAUGACUUUGAGGAUGAUCCCCACAUGGCAGAGAUCACUGACCUCCAAACUAAGGAGGUGGAAAACUACCGUUCAGCCAUGAGUAAGAUGGCAGAAGACAUCAUAGUGCUGAGGACACAGGUGGUGACGUUGGAGUCAGAAAACAGCCAGCUCCACACUGAUCUGUCUCUGCAGCAGGACCUUGGCCGAGACCUGUUGGAUGACACCGACAUCGACGUCAUGACUAAGGCUGAGAUUGCUGACCGUAUAGCCUCUCUGAAAUUGAAGCUGGCCAGUGAGAUUAGUAAGGCUGCCUCUCAAAGGGACAGGAUCCAACAGCUGCAGAAUGACCUGAUCAAGAAGAAUGACAGUGAGAAGGAGCUACUAAAUCUUCAGAGAGUUCACCAGCAGCAACAGGAGGAUCUUCAGCGCCACCAGAGUUGCUUGGCAAAAAUAGCAACAUUGGAGGCCACAGUGAAACAGCAGGAAAAGGUCAUUGAGAAGAUGGAGAAAGCAUUAGAUGGCAAACUCAUAGAGAAGAUUAAGCCGAGUGGUGACAAAAGGGUGGGGGUGAAAAAGCAAAAAGGUGAGACUGACCACAGAAAGGAAGAGACAGAGUCGGCCCUGGCAGCAGAAAACACUCGUCUCAGAGAAGACUUGGAGCGGAUUCGCCAGCAGCCUGCCUCAGUCAUUAUACAGCAGUCAGCACAGACAAAAGAAACUGUGCCACUCAAGGAGCGACUGAGUUUACUUAAUAAACUGGAGAGGGCUGAGGCAAGAGUCCAAAUACUGGAGGCUCAGCUGGAGGAGAACUCUAAAUUAUGGGGGAGACAGAAACAAGAAAUGUUGACCAAACUGAGUGAGCACAGGCAUGGCUUUGUCCGGACGUCCACCACAAUCCUUCAUAAUGUUCCUUCGAGGUCUGUAUCAGAGUCAUUGUAUCAGCAAAGUAGACAGAGGAAGCAGAAGCCCGUAAAAUGACCUGCAAAUGAACUACUGAACUGUAGACCAAGACUAAACAUUCACACACAGUUUUCUUUGAUUUAAUGUUCAAUAUAAGAUAUUUUCACCAAUUAAUAUAUUUAGAUAUUAAAAUAUGUAAUAAAAUGAUAUAUUACAAGACAUA